AAAACUGGAUGGAAUGAAAACAGACUUUUAGGGAUAUUUUACCACAUUUCACCGCUUUUUUUAAUCGACAGAAGCUCAGAGAAUCGGCAGCAUGGGGGUCUAUGAGGAGAAAAAGGAAACAUGUGGGACCAUCUGCCUGAAAUACCUCCUGUUUGCUUUCAACUUCCUCUUUUGGUUGGCAGGGGGCGUUGUGAUGGCGGUGGGCGUUUGGACCUUGGUGGAGAAGAGCGACUACAUCAGCCUCCUCUCCUCCAAGACCUACGCUGCCUCCGCCUACAUACUGGUCCUGGCUGGAGCCAUCGUCAUGGUAACAGGCGUGCUGGGCUGCUGUGCCACCUUCAGGGAGCAGAGGAAGCUACUGCGAGUGUACUUCGUCCUGCUGCUGUGUAUCUUCCUGUUGGAGAUCCUGGCUGGCGUCCUGGCUUACAUCUACUACCAGCAGUUGAAUGAGGAGCUGAAGCAGAACCUGAGAGACACCAUGACCCAGAAGUAUCAACAGAGCACCCACGAGCACAUCACCAAGGCUGUGGACAAGCUGCAGCAGGAGUUCAAGUGCUGUGGCAGUAACAGUUCAUCCGACUGGGCUGAGAGCGUCUGGAUUCGCUCCAGAGACGCAAACAGCAGGAUGGUGCCUGACAGCUGCUGUAAGACUCCCACCGAGCUCUGCGGCCGCAGGGACCACCCAUCCAACAUCUACAAGGUGGAGGGCGGCUGCAUCACCAAGCUGGAGAAAUUCAUCCUGGACCAUCUGAAGAUCAUCGGAGCGGUGGGCGUCGGGAUUGCUUGCGUACAGAUCAUUGGGAUGGUGUUUACAUGCUGCCUGUAUCGAAGUCUAAAGGCAGAGCCGUACUAAGAGGAGCAGCAGCAGAAGAAACGUGUGUGUGUGAGGGAGGUAACUUCAUCACCACACGCCAUACUCAAAUAGCCCAUAGGUUCUUUUCUUUGCCUUGCACAUUGGGGAAGGAAAAUUUGGCGAGGGAUCAAAUCGCACAUCUGAGGAUCUCAUUUUUGGUAAACAAAGGGUGGAAAAACACUACAAGGUUUUCUCUAAGUAAUUAGGCACUCAAAUUGCAGUCUCAGCUACAUCUUUGAGAUCACAGCGCUGUGAGAAAAAAGCCUCCGAGAGCAACUGAUGGGAAUUUUAACACAGAUUGUGUAAAUUAGUGCGGGACAGCCUCUCUGCGACUCAAAACAUUGUAGUUUUCUUCCACUCCGAAUCCCUCGAUGUACAUUUGUUUGCAGACCAGGUGCUACACCCGAGAACACCGUAAAGACCGUCGGAGUAAAACAUGCAGGAAAUAUUUGCAGCUUUUCUUCCCCUGCAGCGUGGUUUAACAAGCCUGCCUCUGGGGCCCUCUUCAACUGCAGCAGCAUUUUGUUUCCACCUUAACCAGCCAGUCAUGCAUUUUAAUUAUCUGUUCGAUAGUGGCCUUUUAAACUUUUGAACUUUUUAUAUUUUGUAAAUGAAUGUUUUCUGUCACACUUGAGGUGCUUUCUUAUGAGCUAUUAUGUGUCUCCAUGUCAGUGUUUGAACCAUGUUUUUAAGGAUAUUUACCUGAUUUUCAAUCAGCUUCGUAUCAAAACAGCAUGGGUCAUACGUGUAGAUGAACUGUGGUAACCUUACCUUUUAAUCUAACCAGUGCCUAGAUGCCCACAUCAUCCAACAGAGUUUCGCUGCCCGAACUCGAACUGCAGGCUGUACUUUUGCUUUUCUGUAAUGCCCGCCAACCAUGACGCCACUGCGGACACAAACAUCCUGUUUAGACCUGGCGUCAACAUGCGUCUCAGGUGAUCUGAUAACAAGUGGACGACUCAUAUCACCAAAACGCAUGCUAAUACCAGGUCUAAACAGGCUCAAAGAGUAUAGAAGCGGAUCAAGAGACGGACCCAUCUUUCACUCUCUCUAUCUCAGACCAAAAUCCAAUCAAAGCCAGGCAGUGCUGACUGAAUAUAAAUCAAGAUUAUGCUAAUAUCACUGCCUUUUUAAUCGCCUAAAAUGUUUGUCAGAACAUUUUUGUUCUUGCUAUUACAGCUAAACAGUGCCCUGUUUAGCUGUAAUGGCGAGAGUUUUUGAACAUGAAGUGGGCGUCAUAUUGUUUCCUAAACAGUGAAAACGAGUCCAAAAAAAUGGAAAUCAAACUGUAAAACAAAGCAGCACCGAUCGAAUAUAAACAGAUUCUGUCAGUGUGAUGCUGUUGUUUUAGUUUACUGUUUAACUGUGAUAUGAGAUUGUUUCUUGCCAACCAGCAGCUAAUUUUUCAGACAGACCGGGGCGCUUUACAUCACCCACUAGCAGGAGUUUUUAUUGGUCCAGUGCAGCGUGGUGCAUUCUGGUAGUUGUAUGUUUUCUCCCUCUUGAGCAAAAGUGUCCUUUUCUGUGGCUCUCAGUGCUGUUGCUCAAACUACAGGCUGUAAUUCUGCAUUUUUAUAUUGCCAACCACCGCAGUGCAUCAGAUAAGUGCAUCAAGAGCCAGACCCACUUCUCUUUCAAUCUUGGACUAAAAUCCAAUCAGACAACAAAACGAGGCAGUUCUGAUUGAAUAUAGAU